AUGGUAGGCUUGGUUUGUGGGAUACAGCCUUCAAUGGCUAGACUUAAAACGGCUGGAUUAGAUGAUGGCUGCUUUCUGGUCAAGGGUGAUGGCAAGGGCGUCGGACUAUCUAGUUUGCUUCAGAAGGCUGGUAGAGAGAGACGGAUCAAUGGGGUGCAGGUGGGACUUGAGGCCCCAAAUAUUUCACAUUUGCUUUUCGCAGAUGAUAGUCUAAUCUUCUCUACUGCAAAUUUGGAGGAAGUUGCAUCAGUUAAACAAUGUUUGUUGCUUUAUGAACGUGCGGCGGGUCAACGUAUGAACUUUCAGAAAUCUGCGGUUUCUUUCAGCCUAAGUGUAUCUGAUGAUUUGAAAGUUAGCAUUCAAAAUUUCCUCGGGGUAUCUUUUGUUCCAUUUCAUGAAAGAUAUCUCGGAAUCCCUACUGUUGCAGGCAAGAGCAAGAAGAUGAUGUUUAAAAGAAUUAAUGACAGAUUGGUAUCACAUAUGAGUGGUUGGCAAAGCAAAUUCUUGUCCAAGGCAGGUAAGCUUGUGCUUGUGAAGGCAGUUGCGCAGGCCAUUCCUACUUAUGCUAUGAAUGUGUUUCGACUACCCAAAGGUGUUUGUCGAUCAUUCCAGUCUAAAGUCUCUAAUUACUGGUGGGGUGAUGGUAAAGGAAAGAGGGGCAUCCACUGGGGCAAAUGGAGUUUAUUAUGUCAUAACAAGAAAUAUGGCAGGUUGGGUUUUAGAGAUAUUCAGGGGUUCAAUCAGGCUCUGCUGGCAAAGACAGUUUGGCGCAUUGCAACAAAUCCGAAUUCUCUAGUUCAUACUGUGUUACAGGCUAAGUACUUUCCAGAUUCCAAUUGGGUGGUUGUCAGAAGCUGUCCUGGUGUGUCCAUGAUCUGGAGUAGUCUUUUAUGGGGCAGGGAUUUGCUUGUGAAUGGUUUAAGGUGGAGGGUAGGUAAAGGGGAGAGUAUCAAGGUGUGGGGGGAUAAGUGGCUUCCUGUUCCAUGGAAUUUCCAAGUGGUGAGCCCUCGGUCAGGCAACCCAAAUUUGAUGGUUAGUGAUUUACCUACACAGCAUGGAAUGUGGAAUGUGCCAUUAGUUGAAUCUUUAUUUCUCCCACAUGAAGUCGAAACAAUCUUAACUAUCCCUUUAGCUAGGCCAAGAUAUCAAGAUAAUAUUGUGUGGCAUUAUGGAAAAGAUGGAAUUUAUAAUGUCAAAUCAGGGGUGUGGCUUGCAAUGGAAUUAAGGAACAAAUAA